UCCGCACUUUAUCGGGGACAGGAAAAGAUAAUUCUUCAAGUUUAAAUAUUGCAUUCAGUUUUAGAUUAAAAAUGUCAGUGAAAUUACUGGAUAAUAAUCAAAUAAUAGAACUCUUUAAAAAAAACAAUGGAGCACAAUGGGUGGAUAUUAUCAAGGACAAAAAUAUUGACGGGAAUACAUUAUGGAAUAUUAGUGAGUUUGAAUGUAGAGUGUGGACUAACAGUUUUAGAGAGUUCUGGACAUUCAUUAAAAACAUUAAAGAAAACCCUGACAAAUUCUUAUCAAAUGUUUCUUUAAAUAAAGAAACAAGUACAAUAAGAAAAAAUGUAUGGAAAAAAGAUCCAAAAAAGUUUGAAUCCUUAGAAAACAUAGUCAGUAAGCAAGGCCUUUCCAAAUUACAUCCUACGACAACUGAAGAUGAUUCAGAUGAUGGAUAUCUGCCUCCCAUACAACCCAAGAAUGUGCACUAUAGUAACAACAGACCUCUAAACUCAAAUCACACAUCCACUGACAAAUUGGUACGUACUAACCGAGAUGAAGAUGAUCUAGAUGAUGGAUAUCUACCUCCAAUAACAAUAAAAGAAAAAGAUGUGCCUAGCAAAUCUGUAAAUACAUGUCAUAUAAGACCAAAUAAUAGCACUCUACAUAAAUUAUCAUCCAAUAUGACAAAAAUACCCAAGAAAGUAAUUAAGAAGGACCCCUUACCUUUACCACCUGAAAGCCCCCCAACCACAUACAUUAAUACUGGAUCAUUAAGCCAACAAACAAAUUCCGACUCAGAAGAUUUGUUGUAUGAAGACCCUGAAAACUCCAUUGACAAAUCCAGAUAUAAAUCAAAUACUCGUUUUCAACCUACAAAAUCAAACAUUCAAAACAGGAAAUUGCCGAAAGUUCCAGAUGAGGAGGACAGUGAUCAAGGUGCUGAGUACGAACCAAUACCAACGUUGGGAUCAAUAAAAGAGAGGCCUUUGCCACCAAUUCCAAACUCCAGAAACGAAAUCGAUGGCAAUGUACAACGAAAACAGACGUCCGUGAUAAAUCAGCGUAAGAUAUCCAAGGACAUGUCUCAUGGUAACUUAGUUCAUACACCAACUACUGGUAGUCGACCUCCCUUGCCUUUACCUACUGAAACAAAAGGACCCAAGAAAGGUUAUAUAAAUACUGAUGAUGAUGAUGAUGAUGAUGAUGAAGGGCAAAAUUAUGUUAAUAAACCUAAUAGUGCUGGAGCUUAUCGUCCACAAAAGCCUUUAUCUGACUCGGAGGAGUCGGAUAUGGAUGGAGGAUACGUAAUAGGAUGUCCUGAUUCAGAAUCAGAUGAUCAACUACUUUAUGAAAAUCAUGAGCAAAUCAAAUCAAAAGGUGAUUUCGCUGAACUAAAACCAGAGGAACAAUUAUAUGAAAAUAAUGAAGAAAUCAAAACUAAAGAAAAACUCAAACAAAUAACAUCGAAUUUAGAGAGAGUGUUUGGUAAUAGAGGCAACGCAUAUGACCACCACUUUGUACCGCAACCAUUACCAGCUCCACCAAAAACAUUUCCUCCACAAGAAGAACUGGCCAACAACAACCCAAUUCACAACUUAAACGACGAACCGUUCUUCAGAAACACAGACAGAAAAGGGGCGAAGCAGCUUCUGGAAGGCUUAGAGGACGGGGCGUUCCUCUUCAGGAGAAGUCAUCGCACAGGUUUUUAUCUUACCUUAACGGUGAAACAUGAGAAGAAAAUAUUCAAUUUGGGAAUCAUAUAUGCCAAUAAUAAAUUUAAAUGUGACGCCAACGAUGGCACGUUAACGCCGGAAUUCUCCUCUUUGAGGGAAUUUAUUUCGUAUUUUGAACGGGAGCCACUGACAAUAAGAAAUGACAAUGAACAUUCCGUAUAUUUAAGGCCUGUACUUCCCUCUAAUAGGUUUUAAUGGAUUUAAUCAACAUCAUUUAAAGUUUUAAAAUAGUUUUUAUAUUCUUAAAGUUUAUAAAUAGUAAAACUUAUUAAAUAUUUCUAUUUUUUGUAUACAAUUCCAAAAUAAAACACUGUUUUAUGUACAGGU